AAAGAAAGACACGUUACUCUUAAGAUCCAGCCAAAUAUUUGACAAGUUUUCAGAAACUUGGUUUCUGAGCACAUAGAUCUAUAGCAAAUUGUAGGCCUACAUUAACCAGAAGCAGCACGCUCGAGUUUUUACAUGCAUUUUAAGAGUUAACGUGCCAUUCGCUGAUUGGGCUGAAUAAUAGUCGCAUAUUUAAAACACAUACUUCUCUCUUUCUUCAUAAUUGUAUGGCAUACUUGUUUGACAGUGUUUGCAAGAGUGGUUUGACACUGAGCAGUGCCCCCACCGGCGGCCAGGCAGCACACGGGUUCAGCGGAGUGUGAUUGGCUGCGGGAUAGCUCCAUUUUGGAAACAGCUGUUGGGAGGACGUAAUCCCUCGCUUUGUCUUCAGGGGCUGUCCAUGAAACAGUACGCCUGCCUGCGAACGAGCACAACUUCUCCCUCAGUCUUGCUCGAGGAAGCCUAGCACAAUCCCUCCCGCGAAUACAGUCGACAUGAAUUUAAUAGGGACUUGAAAAAACUUUACCGAUGGGGGCAUCCCUGACGCUCGCGCUGUAACAAGUGGAGGCAACUCAAUCGCAGCAAGUUGGGAUGGCCAGAUGAUGGACGUGGAGGCCUCCUACUCAGAGUUCAUCACCGGUGACCGCACGGGUCGCCGCAACGCCGUCCCCGACAUCACGGAGGAGGCACAGGCCGUGGGCACCGUCGACCUCACCAAAGACAUGGCCCAGAUGGACCUCAAAACAACAGAGGGUGAGGCUGGUGCUUCCCCUGCUCCAGAGGCGGCGGAGGCCUCUAGUAGCCAGGGGGCACAGGGGAGAGAGGGACCCUCCUAAACCAUGCACCAUGCACCAGACACCGGACGGAGACCAGGAGGAGAGGGGAGGAGGGAGGAAGACAGGAUAACGGGAGUGACAAGCCAAUAAAAGGACUCCUUUUUGUAAAUCUUAGGCCAAUCAGAGUGACUGACUGGCUCCUCCCACUGACUGACCCUUCUGUGUGAUUGUCCACCAAUGGCGUGCCUCGCUGUGCCUGACUGUGCUCUGGACUGGACUGGCUUUAAAGCUCUCUCUCAAAUAACCCCCCCCUGUCCUCCUCCUGCCAACGUCACACAAAAGCACAGAGUGUUUGUUUUAUAUAUAAUAUUGUUUCUCUCUUUUUUUUAAAGAAAAAAACAAGAAAGUGAAUCAUAAUACUGUCUGUAAUAUGACAGAUAACUUCAAACGCAUAUACAUACAGUACCAAUGAAGUUUAUUAUGUUGAUUGUUUUGUUGUUGAUGUUCCAAGUGAAAGUGUGAGGUUGUACAUUCCUCGUUCUGAGGGAAUAAGAAGAUCUGCUUUUUACAAUGGAGUAGGCUCUUCUGCUUUUACUCCUCUCAUGCAACAGAAAGUUCUGCUGGAGCCUCCUUUGUCUUUUUUUUUUAAAUCUCCUUGACGUGUGCUGGAGCGCUAGUAGGUGGACUGUCACAGGAAGGAAUGUUCCCCUGUUUGAGAGUGAUCUGUCGCAGUACUCCGCACGCACUCUGCCUGCAGCCACACUGGCCAGCUGGAACGCUCCUGUGUUCUGUUCCAGAACCGAGAGCAGAGGUGGAGCCCCCCGCACUCCGAAAUGGAAUGGACUUAUGGCACUCCGCCGUUUUUUUUUAAUGGAUGACCCAGUUUCGGAUGGUUCUGCCGUUCCGCUGCCAGAGAAUGCGCUGUAGGGAACAUAUUUAUUUCAUGUUAUUCAGUAGAGAUGCUUUCCGUUUUUGUUUUUUUUCUUUGUCUGUAUAGAACAUGCUGUGUCAACAACAUACAGGAUGUUUGGGCAUCAGAUGCAGUGCACUGAAACACUGCUCUAGUUUUACGUUUUUACUGUAACAACCUCAGAAUAAAGUAAGAAUUUCACUGGA